AUGGGAAUGCUGUCUGUUGAGCAAAAGUACAACAUCAUUUUGAUGGCGGAACGGCAUCCCAAAUGGACACAGCUGGAUUUAGCGAAGUGGGCUUACGAGGCAUACCAGUUACCCACUCGUCCCUCACAGGGCACCAUUUCACGACUUUUGGCACGUAAGACCGUGUUCAUGAACUCCAAGGAACACGAGAAAAGUGCCAAUAGGUUGAGAAAACCAAACAAUUUAUUGGUGCGUCGGAUUCUACAAGAAUGGAUUUCUCAAAGUAUAUGGAAUGGAAUUCCCAUUACACCUCCGAUUAUCCAGGAUACGGCCCAAUCAGUUUGGCACCGAAUUCCUGCCGAAUAUCGUGAAGGUAACGGAUCUUUUAGUCAUAAAUGGAUUACACAUUUUUUGUCCAAAAUCGAUGUCAACCACUCAACGCUGGAACGCGAACCACUUAAGCCUUCCAAAGUUUGGACUUUUGAAGAAAGAGGUCAGUUGAAAGAGUUGCUGGGCCGACUGCCUCCUCGAGAUUUGUUUACAUUAGAUGAAACCUUCUUGGCUUACAAUCUACCUCUUGAUUAUGGUCAAUACGAGACCAGUAAGAUACGCAAGAUGGUCGAAGUGGUCACUGUUAUGCUGUGCGCAAAUUUAGAAGGCUCGGAGAAAAUGAAUCCGCUUGUCAUCGGUCGAUACGAGAAUUACAACAGUUUCCGUAGCAGUUUUGCCGAUGACCCACCUGAAUUGAUAUCGCAAGCCAACUUGGGCGAAAAAAUGGCUAGAAGAUACUCACUCACAUACCACAGCAACAGAAAAUCUUGGCUUACCAGCAACUUAUUCCAUGAUUGGUUGGCUUGGUGGGACAAGCGUUUGGUCGUUGACAAUCGGAAAAUCUGGAUUAUACUGGAUGACUCUUGUUCGCAUCGUGUCAUAAACCUUCGAUUGAAAAAUAUACAAUUGAUAUACACUUCGGCCAACAGCAGGUUCUUGCCUUUCAACUGGGGUACCCUUGAUGAGUUCAAGACACGGUAUAGAAUCCAGCAGUAUACUGCCUUGCUCAAAGUACAGAAAUUAAUGGAGGAGAAAAGCGGUGCUGUCAAAUUCUUACCUUAUGAACAAAGUGCAGUUAAUAUGUCAAAUGCGUUCAAACUCAUAAGAGGAGCUUGGGAUGGUAUUCCCAUCGAUACAAUUCGAGCCAAUUGGAAAAGUUCAGGAAUUUUGCCCAAGAAUAUGAUACAACUCAAUGAAGCUGUCAGUAUGGCUUUUAAAAAAAAUGAAUAUUUGGAGAAAAAGCUCAAUGAGCUAAGUGAGAAGUUCCGAUGUUCGAAAAAAUGGGAUUAUGAUAUUCUGCUGGAUCUCAAUAUUGAGAACAAAAAUACGAAUUUUUUGAGUUCAGAGGAGAUGGUCGAGAGCGCUAUUGUUGACGAAUGGGAGCCGGAGACCGUGAACACCAAUAAUUCGGGUCCUCAAUAUGCUAAUCAAGAUUUCUCUUUGGACACUUUUGAAGAGACCGAAGAUCAACGAAAUCGCAAUGCUUUUGAGUCUCUUUUACCUGGGAGAUCCCUUACGCUUGAUGAAAUCAUGAAAUUUCCUAGUGUGAGUGAGGUAAUUGAUAAAACAAGGGAAGAGUUCGAAAAUGUAACACCAAACACUGACGGUAAUCAUGAUCUAGGGCCUACCUCUGCGGUUACCAACUCCCAUCAUUCGAGCCAAAUGUAUCCAUCUGAGGCAACAGGACCUGCGUAUCUGGAAGACGUUUUCAGCGAACUUCCUCAAGAGCUCCCGCCAAGUGUUUCCGCCUCAGAUCCUCCUACAAAUAAUGUUGAUGCUCAAUUAUCGGCCCAUUUGUCAGUGAGUGCUUCUCAAUCCCCUGCGAGUAUCAAUGGUCCAGGAAUUUUGGAAGUUGAUAGCAAUUCUUUAGGUCUCGCAAACGAUUUCAACGUCGGUGCGUUAGGAGCAUACUUCGGAGGACAGAAUUUCGCAAAUACUGACAAUGGAAGUCCCUUUGAUGAUCAGCGUCUGGUAAUUUUCACGACAUUACAAAGCAACAUAGAAAUCGCCAAGUCUAUGGGCAACAUUUUGAAGCACGCGGAGUUCCGGGAGGUAGGAUUAUCCGACCAAACUCUCAAUGAAUUAAGAGUGAGCUAUGGCAAUUGUUUGAAGAAAAUUAAGAAAGCGAAACAAGCUUUGGCGAGCUCUGAUAAAAGAAGAAGGCAGCAGAGUUUGGGGCAGCGUCUAAUGGAACACGACAGGGCCAUAAUCCACGAUGGUCCCACUGUUGACAAAACAAGUCGGCCAAUAGAUCUUCCAUCUUCUUUGGGUAUAGAAACUGCACCAUUUUUCACACCCUUCCCCCCAAAUCCCGAGAUUGACAUAACAUCAAUUCCAGACAAUCCAGCAACAAAUCAUCCUAACGUUUCACCGUAG